AUGGGUUCUGCUGAUACUGAUAAAUGUACUGUGUCUUUAAGUGAUCAUGAUAUGGGUUCUGGUGACACUGAUAAAUGUACUAUGCUUGAAAAUGAUCACGAUAUGGGUUCUGCUGAUACUGAUAAACAUACUGUGUCUCUAAGUGAUCAUGAUAUGAUAUCUGCUACUACUGAUAAAUGUACUGUGUCUGAAAGUGAUCAUGAUAUGGGUUCUGCUGAUACUGAUAAAUGUACCGUGUCUCUAACUGAUCAUGAUAUGGGUUCUGCUGAUACUGAUAAAUGUACUAUGUCUGAAAGUGAUCAUGAUAUGGGUUCUGCUGAUACUGAUAAAUGUACUGUGUCUGAAAUUGAUCAUGAUAUGGGUUCUGCUGAUGCUGACAAAUGUACCGUGUCUGAAAAUGAUCCUGAUAUGGGUUCUGCUGAUACUGAUAAAUGUACCGUGUCUCUAAGUGAUCAUGAUAUGGGUUCUGAUGAUACUGAUAAAUGUACUGUGUCUCUAAGUGAUCAUGAUAUGGGUUCUGGUGAUACUGAUAAAAGUACCAUGUCUAAAAGUGAUCAUGAUAUGGGUUCGGCUGAUACUGAUAAAUUUACUGUGUCUGAAAGUGAUCAUGAUAUGGGUUCUGCUGAUACUGAUAAAUGUACUAUGUCUGAAAAUGAUCAUGAUAAGGGUUCUGGUGAUACUGAUAAAUGUACUGUGGCUCGAAGUGAUCAUGAUAUGGGUUCUGCUGAUACUGAUAAAUGUACCGUAUCUGAAAGUGAUCAUGAUAUGGGUUCUGGUGAUACUGAUAAAUGUACCGUGUCUGAAAGUGAUCAUGAUAAGGGUUCUGGUGAUACUGAUACAUGUACCAUGUCUGAAAGUGAUCAUAAUAUGGGUUCUGCCGAUACUGAUAAAUGUACUAUGUCUGAAAGUGAUCAUGAUAUGGGUUCUGGUGAUACUGAUAAAUGUAUUAUUGAUCAUGAUAUGGGUUCUGCUGAUACUGAUAAAUGUGCCAUGUCUGAAAGUGAUCAUGAUAUGGGUUCCGCUUAUACUGAUAAAUGUACUGUGUCUCUAAGUGAUCAUGAUAUGGGUUCUACUGAUACUGAUAAAUGUACCAUGUCUGAAAGAGAUCAAGAUAUGGAUUCUGCUGAUAUUGAUAAACGUACCGUGUCUGAAAGUGUUCAUGGUAUGGGUUCUGGUGAUACUGAUAAAUGUACUGUGUCUCUAAAUGAUCAUGAUAUGUGUUCUGCUGAUACUGAUAAAUGCACCAUGUCUGAAAGUGAUCAUGAUACGGGUUCUGUUGACACUGAUUAA